GUUGGUAAAAGUAUUAGUAAUUAUAAAAGAAUGCACAGUUACUUGCUCAAAUGGGAAGUUGAUUGCUCUUCCUUUAUACGGUCUUUUCUUCAAAAAGCUAUAUUUUUUCAGUCCCAUUUUCCCUCUCUUUGACGUUUUAGGAGAGAGAGAGAGUUGGGGUGGUUGAGACUUGAGAUUCUGAUGUGAUUCAGAGAAAGAAGAAAAAAAUUGAUAUAAAAAUUUGAUCCUCCUUUAUCGAAAUUUGUUCAACCUUCAUUUGUCAAUUCCCAAUCUUCUCUUUCUUCGCUACUAAUUGUUUCUUCACACACCCAGAACCCUCUACAACUGAAAGCUUGACAAAACAGAAGCCAUGAAUGGAUCUGCUCUAGGUUUUUCAUAACAGAUUUUCAAAGAACUGAAGAUUUUUACUUCAACAAGAAAUGGCAGCUGACAAACCUAGCUCUAAAGGCCAAGCAUGGUUUUGUGCCACUGGAUUACCAAGUGACAUUGUAAUAGAAGUUGAUUACAUGAUUUUUCAUCUCCAUAAGUUUCCUUUGAUGUCCAAAAGCCGGAAACUUGAUCAGUUAAUAGCAGAGCAAGGUCGGAAAUCAUCUACUGCAACCGUUACCAAACAAAAGCAACGUGAAACCGAGAGCGAAAUCGAAGAAGAAGAGGAAGAGGAAGAAGAAUAUCAUGAAGAACAACAAGAUGGAGAAGAUCAAUACCAAAUAUCUCUUCCUGAUUUUCCGGGUGGUUCGGAAACUUUUGAAACCACCGCCAAAUUCUGUUACGGCGUUAAAAUCGAUCUCUCCUCCUCCACCGUCGUUCCUCUCCGUUGCGCCGCCGAGUUUCUCGAAAUGACUGAUGAGUUCUCCGAAGAUAACCUUAUUUCCAAAACCGAACGGUUCCUUUCUCAAUCCAUUUUUAAAAGCCUUAAAGAGUCGAUCAAAGCGUUAAAAUCUUGCGAAUCGGUAAUGUCUUUAGCAGAAUCUUUAGGCAUUGUUCAGAGAUUGAUUGAUUCGAUCGCUUCGAGAGCUUCUUCUACAGAUCCGACUCUGUUUGGCUGGCCAGUGAAUGAUGGAAUCAUUGAAGCUAAAGGCGCUUCGAGUCAAGCUUUAUGGAACGGAAUUGAAACCGGUUUAAGAAGAAAAACUCUGGCUCGAACGAGCAAUGUAGAGUUCUGGUUUGAAGAUCUGGCAUUGCUGAGUUUGCCGUUGUUUAAACGCUUGAUUUUAACGUUGAAAAUGCGAGAUCUGCGUCCAGAGAUCAUCGAAAGCUGCCUUAUGUGUUACGCUAAGAAGUACAUUCCCGGAACGUCGCGGUCAAAUCGGAAACCGUCGUCGUCGUCGGCCUCAGUUGUUUCAGAGAAUGAACAGAGGGAGAUCUUGGAAACUAUAAUCUCGAACCUUCCGUUAGAACAGAGCCCCUCCCGAUCAUCAACCGCUACGCGGUUCUUAUUCGGUUUGUUACGAACCGCUAACAUUUUAAACACUUCGGAAUCCAGCAAAGCCGCGCUAGAGAAGAAGAUCGGCUUCCAGCUCGAGCAAGCUACGUUAGAUGAUCUGUUAAUUCCGAGCUAUUCGUAUCUCAACGAAACGCUCUAUGACGUUGAUUGCAUUGAGAGGAUUUUAGGUUAUUUUUUGGGCGGAUUAGAAGAGAGAAAAGCAGCAGGAAUCGAAGCCGAAACCGGAGGUAACAACAAUAACAUUAUUAAUAUUAAUAAUAAUGUUAGACCGCCUGCGUUGUUGCUCGUAGGAAAAUUAAUCGACGGUUACCUAUCGGAGAUCGCAUCCGAUGUGAAUUUGAAGCCGGAGAAGUUUUAUAAUCUUGCAAAUUCCCUUCCUGACCAAGCUAGAAACUUCGACGAUGGACUUUACAGAGCUGUUGAUUUGUACCUCAAGGCGCAUCCUUGGAUAGCGGCAUCAGAGCGGGAAAAGAUAUGCGGAGUGUUAGAUUGUCAAAAGCUAACGCUUGAAGCGUGCACACACGCGGCACAAAACGAGCGGUUACCAUUACGCGCGGUCGUGCAAGUAUUGUUUUUCGAGCAAUUGCAGCUACGUCACGCGAUCGCCGGGACGUUGUUGGCGGCGGAAGUGUCGCCCAUGAAUGGGGGGAGGUUGUCGGAGGCUAGGAGGGAGGAAGAGGACGAGGAAGAAGAGGAGGAAACGAUGGUGGCGAUUUCGGUGUCACGUGGGGAGGAAGGGAAUAGCACGUGGAGAGCGGCCGUGAGGGAGAAUCAGGUGCUGCGGCUGGACAUGGACAGCAUGAGGACGCGGGUGCAUCAGCUGGAGAGGGAAUGUUCCACGAUGAAGAAAGUGAUCCUGAAGAUUGAGAAUGAAGGUCCACGUGGCGGUGGCUGGAGAGGGUCGUUGAAUAGGAGGUUCGGGUGUAAAUUCAAGACUCAAGUUUGUGAUUCUCAUGAAUCAACGGUUGCGGAGGCGGGAAGAAGAAGGCAUCUACCAUAGAGCUACCCGCACAGGAACAUAACUGUCAAAUGAUUGUUUUAACGUGCAACGUAAACAAAAACGCCCAAAAAAAAAAAAGGAAAUAAGGAAAGUUUGUUUUUUUUUUUUUUAAAUCAUUAAUUUUGUGGAUUGGUUGAUUGAACGCAUCUUUUGAGGCAAACGGGAUUGGGGAAGUAAGUGAAAAUGGCUGGUCAGUGGUGAUGGCCAACUCACGGGGGUUUAGUGGAGAAGGCAGAUGGGGAAAGCCUCACUUUUUGAAGUGUGGGGGCAUUUUCUUUGGUUUUGCUUUUGGAGUUUUAGAAAUUGGAAGCAUCAUGGCCAUGAUGAUUACUUUUUGGAUUGUUUUGGGUGGGGGUUAGAUGAACUAAGAGUCAAACUAAAAUCACAAGAAAAUGUUUCCUUCAGCUCUAUGUUUUGUUUAUUUUUCAUCUUUUAAUGAGUUCGAAGUUUCUGACCUUCGACCCUCCUUCUCAGGGCACCCAUUUUGGGACCAUUUUCACAAGUUCUUCUUAAACAAAAUGAAAAUGGUUGUAGUAGUAGCCUGUAGGGGUCAAAGGUGUUGGGAGGUAGAGUUGUUUGGCGAGAUUCCCACCCAAAUUUGGUAUGCAAUAAAAGAAAAUGUUGUGUUUUGCCAAGAUCAAUAAUUCUAGGAGUCCUGGGUAUAAUAGGACUAUAAUCAGAAUUCAAAGCAGGACAUAGGAUGGAUGCGUACCUUGUUUGUAUGAUUAGUAAAACGGCAAAUUGUAGUGUUAAAUUGCUGACUUUGACAGAGAAUAUUUUUUAUCUUCCAAAAGUAUAAUUAGGUUCCGGAAUUGGGGGCGUGAGACUUUUUGUUUUCUGAUAAUUGGUUGAGGGGUCUCCAGCAUUCUCUAGGUUGGACUUUAGAGGAUAAGUGGAUAACAUCUCUCACCUUUUUAAGGGUACAUUUGCAUCAACAAGUUGUUGUUUAAAUGCAUCUCGCGAUACAAUUAGUCCCAAAAAAAAAUCUGAAUUUUAUCAGAUGGAAAAUGUGAUAGAAUCCAAACUAGUCCUAGUAAUGGGAUCUUAAGCAACUAGCUGAACAGGGUAAUUCAGUUCACUUUU